AAUUUCAGGGUGGGCCCUUUAAGUUCUCUGAUCCGAUUGUCGCACUACCUGUUCUGCCACUAUCAGCCGGAGGUGACCAACUUCAAUAUCAGCCUGGACAUUGUCUUUCGAGCACCGUCAGGCUCUGAUCCGGUUGUCGCAUUAGUAGGUGGAUAAUUAUCGUAUGUUUUGAAAAUCGUUUAGCAUUGUUCCUCAAGCCGAGGCCCCAUUCGGAACUCAAAGUUAGUUACCCGCCUGUUUGCCGAUCAGUGGGCGGCCAACAUUUGUGGUACAUUUUUUCAACUAUCGCGUCCCACAUACCACCACGAAUGCUUCUUGUAACCAUAGCUGCUGAUUGCGUGACCACAACUGCCUAAUGGAAGCUCCUAGCUGAGUAUCUUAAAAGACGUGUUCUUCUUACUUAUUGAACGGUCAUCCAACAUAUCAUAACUUUCUCCCCCACCACCAUGCCAAAAGUUCCUGCUUGGAAGCAGCGUUUGCACGAGUUGCAUCUCAAUCCCCCUCGUUAUGAAGCAUCGUGGUACGGGCCACUCGAUAAACUCGCCAAUCACGUUUUCGCGGCAGAUUGCUUCAUGGUCAAGCCGCAGCCAAAAAUCAGGCGUAGUGCUCUUCCCGAUGAUGGAGACGAUAAUCAGCCGUUUGAAGAUGAAGGAUUAUCUUUAGACUCCACGGGCACUCCAGUUACCCGUGACUCCUACUUCGAGCCGGACUUCAUUAUCGUCCAUGUGGGUGAUAACCGAGACAUUCCAUUGGUGUGUAUCGAGGUAAAGAAGGAGGGAGGGACAUAUCAAUCGGCGGGCGCCCAGUUGCAUGAAUACAUCGAGGUUUUGGCUUCGAAGGAUCCCCAUGAUGAAUUUGUGGCUAUCCUUGUACUUGGCGGGAAAUUCUAUUGUUACAGUAUCCAUGGGAGGCGGGCACCGACUCCAGGUGGAGACGGUUGGGAGACAGCGGACAAUUUAGAAGGAGUUUUUGAAAAAGUAGCCAAAGGUGUGUUAGGAGGGAAAAGGAAACACCGCUGAGCAUAACGUUGACUGUAUAGUAAGACCGUAGCGGUAUUGUGUCUUUUUAGCUAUUGACCACCCAAUGCAUUACCAUUGC